CUUAUUAUAUUAUUCUUCUUUCUGGAUUAUUAAUACCUAGUUGUUGAUCGUUUUCUCAAAUAGUGAUCCACAUCUCUGUGUGACGGACCUGCAUAUUUCCGAAAUCAUGAAAAAUUCGACGGAGGACGAAGUCAUAUCAGCCGCCGCCAUUUAUGACAGCUACUUGGAGGAAGAUUACGUAGUCAUGGGCCUCUACGUAGUCGUUUUUCUUUUGGCAUUUACCGCCAACAUCGGUGUCAUAAUCGUCGUCUUCAAAGAUAAUUAUAUGAGGAGUGUCACCAACUAUUUUUUGGUGAACUUAUCAGUUGCUGAUCUACUGGUGACCCUGGUAUGCAUGCCACAUGCAGCUUUGCUGGCUUACACGGCAGCCGACUAUUUUGGAUCGUAUGUUUGCAAGAUAUCAGCCUAUCUUCAAUGUAUAUCGGUAGCAUCCAGCAUCUUUACGAUAACAGCGAUGGCCGUCGACCGGUACCUGGCCAUCGCCAGACCGCUCUUCGGCUUCGUUUAUCGCUCCUCCAACAAAAGCACCGUGCUAGCGGUGAUCGCGGCGCUGUGGCUACUGUCCUUCCUCCUCUUCGCUCCCGUCCUUUAUAUCUACGGGCUCAAGGUCGACGUGUACCCCACUCCCGAGGCGAACGUCACGGUGGGCGUGUGUAAAGAGGACUGGAUGCAGGUGGACCUAUCACGGCGCGCGGUCGGUAUCGUCUGGUUCGUAUUCAUGUUCGCCGUUCCAGGUGCAAUAAUGAUAUUCGCUUAUUCAGUGAUGGGAAGAACUUUGUGUUCAGGAAAACCACCCCUCGAUAAUGAUUCAACGUCUAAUCAGCAAAGAAACAAGCUGAUCAAAGGGCGGAAGAGAGUUGCGUGUAUCCUUCUCCUUUUGGCCUUCGUCUUCGCAGUCUGUUGGUUGCCUCAUCAUAUCAUGACCUUGAUGGCUGACACAGGCAAUCCUAUCAAGUACGCCCUCGCCAAGAAGGUUAGGAGGUAUCUGCUUCUACUAGGCCAUGCAAAUUCGGCAAUGAAUCCCAUUAUUUAUUGCACCUUAUCGAAAAAAUUCAGGACUUCCAUGAUUAACUCGUUUCUAGUCAAAAUGACGAGCAGCAGGAAGCAGCAUCUGAAUAUGAAGAGAGGGGACAGCUCAGGAUCAGCAACCCAGCUUCAUUUUCUGCAACGACUUAACAAUCCGUCUCUCAGAUCCAGUCAAAAAACAAAAACGUUCGCCCUCUAGUGGUCCGGAUCUAGCACUAAAUAACAGGGCUUUCACCUUCGUACCUUGGAUGUUUUGUGGAUGUUGUUGAAAGGUAGAACUUUCUCUAUGACUAUGAACGGGGUGGCCAAGAUUUUCGUACAAUGAUUUUGAGAUAUGGAAGAGAUUUGCAAAAUAAUUAUGACAUAGGAGUGAGUGAUAAUUUCUGUCGGUUACUCGACCGAAAAGAUACAUACAGGGUGUUCCUUAAUGACAUUCUAAAAAAAACAUUGUUCUAAAAUUGUUCUAUCCGUCAUUCGGUUGCCCCCUUACGAGCAACCCUCAGAAGUCUUCGAGAGACUUAACGUGUGAUCCCAAACACUUUCUUGGGCCAUUAGAAAAAUUUCUGCAGUCGAUGGGAAUCGAACCCACGACCGGCAAGCGAAUGCGGAUUAGAAUACGGACACUCUGUCCGCA